AUGAACCAAGAUCUGGUACUUGUAGCUUACCUACAAGUCUUUGAAGAUGUGGUGGUUGGGGAUGGCCAAUGUAGUGAAGGGAGGAGGCUGGCAAUGAAGGUCAUCGAUGGUAUUUCUUGUCAUGGUGGUUGUGGGGUUUUUGAUAAAGAUGAUACUUGUCAAGCCUGUGGUGGGAGUGGGAAUCUUCAGAGCUGUGAAACAUGUACUUAUGCCUACCAUCUGAAAUGUUUACUUCCGCCAUUGAAAGCUCCUCCUCCUAACAGCUGGAGGUGCCCUGAAUGUGUUAGCCCUCUAAAUGAUAUUGACAAGAUAUUGGACUGUGAAAUGCGCCCCACUGUUGCUGAUGAUAGUGAUGCCUCUAAGCUGGGAUCAAAGCAAAUAUUCGUGAAACAUUCUAGUUUAGACAGCAGUACCUCACCCGCUGCAAACUUUCUCAGGGUGCCCGAGAAGGAGUUUGUGAAAGUUUACAAGGCACAUCCUCGUUUAAGAACUAAAGUAAACAACUUCCAUCGUCAAAUUUCAUCAAUGAAUAACUCUGAAGAUGACUUUGUUGCUAUUCGGCUUGAGUGGACUACUGUUGAUCGGAUUCUUGCUUGCAGGGCUACUGAAAUCAGGAGAAGAUGCCAACUUUCAUGGAAAGCCCUAUGCAGUCCAAGGAAAAUUAGGAAAGACUUGAUGCCAAUUCCUUGUGUGACCUAUGGUCGAUGA